AUGGGAGGAGAAGGAUCAUCCCAUGUUUGUUUUGUUUUUCACUUCUAUACAAUGCUCUCUUCCCGAACCGCUCAACGCCUCAGACCCUUUCUUCUUCCCCACACUCAAACCCUCGUAUUCUCCUCACUCCCCACCAAACCCAUCUCAAUUCCCAAUCCAACAGACCCAUACCCACAACCAUCUUCACCAAUUUACGACCACACCACUGUUCGUGAAACCCUCUCUUCUUACUGCAAUGACUGGAAGAAAGCCCUCGACUUUUUCAUCUGGGUCGAGUCCCAGCCCCACUUCCAACACACCACCGAAACCUACAACCGACUUCUCGACAUUCUCGGUAAGUACUUCGAGUUUGAGCUUUGUUGGGACUUAGUUCACAAAAUGAAACAGAACCCACUUUGUGUUCCUGACCACACCACAUUUCGUAUAAUGUUUAAGAGAUAUGUUUCUGCACAUCUUGUAAAAGAAGCUAUAGAUACUUAUAAUAAGUUGGAUGAGUUUGGUUUGAAGGAUGAGACUUCUUAUUGCAAUCUCGUUGAUGCUCUUUGUGAGCAUAAGCAUGUGAUUGAGGCCCAAGAGUUGUGUUCUUGGAAGAACAAGGAAUUGGGUUUUGAUAGGAGUACUAAAUUACAUAAUAUAAUUCUUCGCGGGUGGUCGAAAAUGGGGUGGUGGGGGAAGUGUAGGGAUUUUUGGGAAGAGAUGGAUAGAAGAGGUGUUUGUAAGGAUUUGCAUUCGUAUUCGAUAUAUAUGGAUAUAAUGUGUAAGAGUGGGAAGGCGUGGAAGGCGGUGAAGUUGUAUAAGGAGGUGAAGAGGAAACGGAUUAAGCUGGAUGUGGUGGCGUAUAAUACAGUUAUUGGAGCUGUUGGUGCUUCUGAGGGGGUUGAUUUUGCAAUUCGGAUCUUAAGGGAGAUGAAGGAAUUGGGAUGUGACCCCAAUAUUGUGACAUAUAAUACGAUUAUAAAGCUUUUGUGUGAGAAUAUGAGAGUCAGGGAGGCAUUCUCGAUGCUUCGAGUAAUGUCUAAGAACAGUUGUGGCCCGGAUGUUAUUACUUACCAAAUCAUUUUUAAGUAUCUGGAGAAGCCAAAUGAGAUUCUUAGGCUGUUUGAUAGGAUGAUUGAAAGUGGGGUUCAGCCGAGAAUGGACACUUAUGUGAUGAUUAUGAGGAAGUUUGGGAGAUGGGGCUUCCUUAGACCAAUGUUUAUUGUGUGGCAGAAGAUGGAAAAACUUGGGUGUAGUCCUAAUGAGUCUGCUUACAAUGCUUUAAUAGAUGCUCUGGUGGAAAAGGGUAUGUUAGACAUGGCUAGGAAGUACGAUGAAGAGAUGAUAGCAAAGGGGCUUCCAACUAGGCCAAGGGUGGAGUUGGGGACAAAACUGGUGAGUAAUGAAUUUGAUGAAGGGUAAUUGCAAUGUCUUUAGAUGCUUAUACUCUAUCUGGAAUGUAGUCCAUUUCACCAGCAUUUUUGUUUCAAAAAGCAAAGUAAAGCUAAGGAAUACUAUCUGAAUAGCGCAUCAAGUGCUGAAGGAUAUGGAUUCCGGGGCUGAUGCAUAACUAUUAUGAGGGUGUGCAGCUGAAAACUUGGUUACAAUGACUGAAAGAGUUUCGGGUAGCUGCCGAUAGUUUUGAUGACAUUUUGUGCAGGACUUGUUACAGAUCCGUUCCGGCUGACAAAAUAAUAAAAUGUUGAAGCCUCUUCUGCAUAGCAGCAUGGGUGUAGUUUCUGGCAAAGCUGAUGAUUUGGUGCCAAAAAAAUAUGCUUCAACUGGUUCAGAAACAGAGGUAAGCAAAAUGAUUCUGGAGCAUAUAUUUGUCGGCUUUGUUUAAUGGCUUGGGAAAGUCUCUGAAUUUAUUUUCCGUGGACAUAGUUGCACAUCCUUGUUGCCUUUAACUCUGACUGAACCUGGUAGACACUUUUCUCUUGGUCUUUUUAAGUCUAUCUCACCAAUACUUCAUAUAGACUUGAUUGAAUCAAAUCCUACGAGCAAUGACUUUAGGGGGAGAAACGUUUUUGCUCUACAUAUGAAUGUUAGCUUGAAGAUCGCUUAUUCAAUUCAUGUCUUAGACUCUUAGUACAUUGGUUUUGUACAAUUGGCAGCCUAGGUUUGAUUCCUCUUUAUAUGUCAUCUGAAUGAUCUGAUGUACCUUUGACUGUUGUGAUAUAAAUUGUUGAUUAGUUUUCUAUACAAUGCUAUACUGUGAGAAGAAGGUUUGCUUACAAAGAAUUAGAGAAGUUGAUACUCAAUUUGAAAGAAGAGUUGGUGGAAGAGUUUUGCAUACCAAAGACCUUCCCCUCCAUGGUUUCUUCACUUUCUUG